AUGUGCACUUUUUUUAUUUUAGAGGAUAUUGAUAAUCAAUUUUCAAUUAAGUUGCCUGAUAAUAUUGAUGACAAUGAGCCUCCAGAAUUACCCGUUGAAAUCAAAAGUAAUGGUGGCGAUGAAAAACGAGUUGUUGAGGAUGAUAAACCCCCAGAAGAUAUUGAUAAUCAAUUUGACAUAGAAUUACCUGUUGAAAUCAAAAGUAAUGAUGGUGAUGAAAAACGAGUUGAUGAGGAUGAUAAACCCCCAGAAGAUAUUGAUAAUCAAUUUGACAUAGAAUUACCCGUUGAAAUCAAAAGUAAUGAUGGUGAUGAAAAACGAGUUGAUGAGGAUGAUAAACCCCCAGAAGAUAUUGAUAAUCAAUUUGACAUAGAAUUACCCGUUGAAAUUAAAAGUAAUGAUGGCGAUGAAAAGGAAGGCGAUGAUUAA